CGCUGCCCCAGCACAGCAGCAGUGAGCCUGACACAGGUCUGGUGAACGGUUGCCCACGUUCAGUAUGCGCUAACUCUCUUUCCGGGAGGUGUACAUUUUAUAUUGUUUAUAUAUACAACACUGUAGAAAUGAAGUGUUUACGAGUGUGUGACAGAAAGUAACAUGACAAAAUGGAGAGUGACUAUGAUCCUUUAGUUAGAACCCUGACCACUGUUGCUGAAGAUGACGACCUUGUGCCUUGGUGCCCUGAUGGUGACCACGGCACCUGUAAGGCCUAUCUGGCUCAUGUCAUCAGUGUGGACGAGGAGGACAACAGUGAGGAAGGAGCGGAGGACCCAACAAUUCACAGCAGUUACCCCAUUCUUUACAUGAGAGAAAAUGGGGUUGAGUCCUCUGAGUGUGUCGAAGGAGAAACUAAAGUGUCUUUCGUGAGUUGCUCGUCAGACGUACGUGCUGGUAAAUAUUUUAAUACAGUGAAUGAUUUCGUUAAUGAAAACGAUGUUAGUGAUGUGUUGGCUAAAAUGUGUUAUUGUGAGGGACAGGUCAUUGACAGAGAUGAUAAUGGGAAUAUUAAUAACGUGAGGACAUGUGAGGAAGCCUGCGACUGCAGUGUUAACAUCAGCGAUGUGAUUAGUGAAGACGUGGAAGAGGUCAGGCUGAUAAGUGCACCGUCAGCCGCCGAGGCUUAUAACUCUCCCCAGUUUGCAGCGUCUCCAGCACAGCCCCUUCACGGCAGUGCUGGACACCCUGAUGACGGAGAUGACAUAAGGCGACAGGCUGGCUAUCUGGGUCAUCAUGUGAACAUCCCUUGGUCAUGCGUAACCCAUGAUAUAAGCGAAGUUCCACAGACUAUCUCGAAGGCUUUUUCUGAUGUGAAAAGUACUGACGAGGUUGUUUUUCGCAAGCAGGCUGGUGGGCAGGAUGGCAUUUUCUGUCUCGCUGGAGAGGACCAGACCCAAGGAAUGCCGCCCUCGGAAGCCCUGUUAGAAAAAUCCUGUAAUGUCGAUGAUGAGGAUGAUUCCUCGUCUGGUUGGGCCUCCAGCUCUGCUCUCACAGUAGAAGAGGCUAUGACGCCAACAACAGGAGACAGAGUACCAGAGUUAACAUCGGAUUGUGAACGUGCAGCACACGAGGAUAAGAAUGUUGACAGUGACAUAAAGCCGGAUUUCAACGAAAAUACCGAGCUAAUACUUGACGAUCCAGUUUAUAAGGCAGUGAGGCUCUGCUGUGGUAGCACCAGUGACCUUAAUGAUCUUGAACACGAAGGUGCGGACGUCAUAAUUGAAGACUUGGGAGAUGGAGAAAGUUGCCAGAAAUGUGUUGAUGAUAUGGCUCAAAGCGAGAGUAACGAGUCGAAAAGCGAGGAAGGAGGUAAAUUAAAACAGUAUAUAAUUCAGCUUCUGCAAGAGAGCGAAUUUGGUGACACUAAAGAGGAUAUAAUGAGAGGAGAGGUAAACAAAGAUAUGGAUGAGCAGAUGAACAUUAGCAUUAAAAUGUCCGUUGAAGUUCCUGAAAGUCACUUAGAAGCUGAGGAACUAUUCAAAGUGGACAACCCGCAGGAGAAGACGAAGGACCUGCCGGAGAAUGAAGACGUACAGUUGAUGGUCAAGGAUGAGAUGAUAAUGGUAUGUAGCGUUGAAAACGAAAUUCAGUACAAGCACAGCAUCAAUACCGAAGGUAGCCAGCCCAGUUAUAGCAUUAAUAACGAGGACCUGGUACCAAAUGUAGAUGAUGAGUAUCCUCUCGACAAGGCCCCAGGCGCCGGCAGGAUGGAGUCCCACAAUGAUAAUGACGUGAUAUCUGACAUAUCCGGUCCAACUAAUAUUUGUACAGUCAGUACCCAUGGUGAUGAGUGUUCGGACACAGUGUGCGUUGCUGAAGCAGUCUUUGGAAAAGAAUUUUGGAUAAAGGAAAGUGAUAAAGUAUGUGUGGAGGAUCAGAGAACUGAGGAUGUCAUCAUUCUAGAGGAAGGGGUAGGCACUCAGGAUCUCGGUGAAUUAAUAGAAGAGAAUGAAUGUAGUUUUUACGCAGUAGUGACCGAGGCGAGUGACGUGAAAGGAGACGCAAGUCUUACAUCAGAGUGCCACCACGAGAAUUGUGUUGAGUCGCUUCCACACUCCCACCACCUUCAGCACUGUGAGAGCCUUUAUGAAGGUACCUCUCAAGCAGUGAUUACUGACCCAGUGGAAAUUUCUCCUGGAGAUGAAAGUACUCUUGAAUCUGUGAAUCUCUGUGACAGUGAGGCGGGAGAAAGUGAAAGCAAAGUUGAAGACCACAUUGACUUAGAUCUUUUGCCGCAGAGUGAUGUUAAUCUUUCUUCAGAGUCAGCUGACAGGUGUUUAGGUGUUAGUUGGCACAGCUCCUCACAGUGUGUGUGUCAUCCUUCUAGGGACAACAGCGUAGAAAUACGUGUGCCAGAGGCUGAGAGCCUUGAUGCAGAUUUUCUGAAUUCAGACGGAGCAAACAGCAAGAACGCUUUUGGUGUUGCUAAUUUUAAAGAAGUCCAGACAGAAGAGUCUCCUGUGUACGUAGAAGAAGUUGUUUGUGGUGUGUACGUGAGUAGUGCUGACGCUGCUGACACCACUAGCGAGGAGGACCAGCAGGACAGGGGUGCCUUGGAGGGUGCCAGUGUGACAGUCGAUGAGACAACUGUGCCUCGGGGUGAUUACGUAGACGAGGCACCUGACUGCACCCUUAGUGAGGACAAGAAUCAUCGCGAGCACAACCUUGAAGAGAAAAAUUGCUACACAAGAGUAAGGGAAGAAAUAGCUAAGGAAGUAGAAGAUGAAGAUGCGUCAGUACAGGAUGUAGAUGCAUCGGUAGAAGGUGAAGAUACUAAUUUGGCACUGAAGGAACAAAUCAACGAAGUACCACUGGAAAACGAAGGGGGAAGGGAAGAAAGUGCAAUAGAAAGUAAGAAAGGUAACAAAGAGAGACCGCCAGUCACCACUGAGGACCCAGACAGUAGCCCAAACUUGCUAUUGACAUCACCGGUGGACACUGACAGCGGCAGUGACACUGAGAGCCUAUUCAUACACGCCUGCUGUGAGGGAGGAGCCUCCAGCAGGAGCCAGGAAAGCACGACCUCCCCACCCGAGGAAACAGAAGAGUACUUCGAUAACCAAUACGACCAUGACUGUGAAGGUGGUAGCUGUGGUGACAAUGGGGUUGUCGUUGUAGGUGACGUGUGUGACGGUGGGACUGAUAACUUCACCAGUGUCCACUGUGAUAACCUGUUAGUAUUCUCAGAGGAAGAGUGCGCUCGAGUAAUAGUGACAUCAGAGUACAUCCCUGCGUGUGAUGAACUGGGUGAUGAAGAACAAGUUGAUGUAGCUGAAGAACAAGUUGAUGUCACUGAAGAACAAGUUGAUGUAACUGAAGAACAAGUUGAUGUAACUGAAGAACAAGUUGAUGUAAUUGAAGAACAAGUUGAUGUCACUGAAGAACAAGUUGAUGUCACUGAAGAACAAGUCGAUGUAACUGAAGAACAAGUUGAUGUAGUUGAAGAACAAGUUGAUGUUGAAGAACAAGUUGAUGUAGUUGAAGAACAAGUUGAUGUAGUUGAAGAACAAGUUGAUGUAGUGGAAGAACAAGUUGAUGUCACUGAAGAACAAGUUGAUGUAACUGAAGAACAAGUUGAUGUCACUGAAGAACAAGUUGAUGUAACUGAAGAACAAGUUGAUGUAGUUGAAGAACAAGUUGAUGUCACUGAAGAACAAGUUGAUGUAACUGAAGAACAAGUUGAUAUAACUGAAGAACAAGUUGAUGUCACUGAAGAACAAGUUGAAGUCACUGAAGAACAAGUUGAUGUAACUGAAGAACAAGUUGAUGUAACUGAAGAACAAGUUGAUGUAGUUGAAGAACAAGUUGAUGUAGUUGAAGAACAAGUUGAUGUAACUGAAGAACAAGUUGAUGUAGUUGAAGAACAAGUUGAUGUAGUUGAAGAACAAGUUGAUGUAGUUGAAGAACAAGUUGAUGUAGUUGAAGAACAAGUUGAUGUCACUGAAGAACAAGUUGAUGUAACUGAAGAACAAGUUGAUGUCACUGAAGAACAAGUUGAUGUAACUGAAGAACAAGUUGAUGUAGUUGAAGAACAAGUUGAUGUCACUGAAGAACAAGUUGAUGUAACUGAAGAACAAGUUGAUGUAACUGAAGAACACGUUGAUGUCACUGAAGAACAAGUUAAUGUAACUGAAGAACAAGUUGAUGUAACUGAAGAACAAGUUGAUGUAACUGAAGAACAAGUUCAUGUAGUUGAAGAACAAGCUGAUGUAACUGAAGAACAAGUUGAUGUAACUGAAGAACAAGUUGAUGUCACUGAAGAACAAGUUGAUGUCACUGAAGAACAAGUUGAUGUAACUGAAGAACAAGUUGAUGUCACUGAAGAACAAGUUGAUGUAACUGAAGAACAAGUUGAUGUCACUGAAGAACAAGUUGAUGUAACUGAAGAACAAGUUGAUGUCACUGAAGAACAAGUUGAUGUAACUGAAGAACAAGAUGUCACUGAAGAACAAGUUGAUGUCACUGAAGAACAAGUUGAUGUAACUGAAGAACAAGUUGAUGUAACUGAAGAACAAGUUGAUGUAACCGAAGAACAAGUUGAUGUAACUGAAGAACAAGUUGAUGUCACUGAAGAACAAGUUGAUGUCACUGAAGAACAAGUUGAUGUAACUGAAGAACAAGUUGAUGUAACUGAAGAACAAGUUGAUGUAACUGAAGAACAAGUUGAUGUAACUGAAGAACAAGUUGAUGUAACUGAAGAACAAGUUGAUGUAACUGAAGAACAAGUUGAUGUCACUGAAGAACAAGUUGAUGUCACUGAAGAACAAGUUGAUGUAACUGAAGAACAAGUUGAUGUCACUGAAGAACAAGUUGAUGUAACUGAAAAAGAAAUUGCAGCAACUGAAGAACAGAUCGGUGGAUCAGCUGAAGAACAUGCCGAAGAAACUGAAGAACAAAAUCUUGUAAGCAUCGAAGAGGGAUGCGUUCACCUCGCCAGAGAACGUCAGAACAAAAGAAACCAGCAAAGCGACUCAGAACAAAAUAACAUCACGACUGAAGAACACGGUGACAGCACAAUAGAAGAACUGUACGAAGAACAAAGUAAUGUUAGUGUCAGAACGAGUGUUGAUCCGGUAGGAGAACAAAGUUUCGCAGAGCGUGAAAAACAUUGCAUCAAAAUAACAGAAGAACAGAGUGGUGAGGGUGUUGAGAGUGAACAAAGUGUUUCAGGUGAGAUAGAACAAAGUGAAAACACAGUCACAGUAGAACAGUGUAGUGCUGUUAUGAGGGUCAUGGACGCCGCCAAGGAGAGAACAGUUGAUGUAGAGAGAACGUCAGAUGACGGCAGUGUUGUAGAGAGCAGUGAGAGUGCCAGAACCAGUAAGAGUUUUAAGAGUGAGAGCAGUAAUCGUGAUUCGGGUACUAGUUAUCUCAGUGAAGGUGACGAUACGGGCGACGAUGAUGACACUCUGGUUGGUCGUAGCAGUGACGGUGACGGGGUCAUCAUGAGCGAUUGUGGCAAACGGAGAAGUAGUGAAGAAUGCUCACAGAGUGAAGGUAGCGAGUGUGAGGUUGAGAGGGGCCGGGAGCUGGAGUCUCCGCGCUACCACGAUGAUAACAUCAGUGUACAGAGUGAGAUGAUGCUGGAGGCACCUCCUGAAGGAGUGGAGGGCGAGGAGGCGGCAGAACCAGGCGGCAGGAGGUUCAGAAGGAGUCGCAACCACCAGUUCAGGAUUGGUAGGAGGUUCAGCAGCCAGAAGAUGGUCAGGAAGAUGAAGAAAGCCGUCCACUUCGGCAGAAAGUCUGCCGAAGAUGACAUUGAUAUUGAGGUGCAUCCUACCAAGCUUUCCGCAACACCACACCAGCAACAGCAACAGCAAAGGUGCCAGAUUAACCAGGCUGUGAUGGAUAUGGUGUUCAGCGGAGCACCAACAGCAACAGCCUGGUUGACCAGGCAAGCACUAGACGAGCCGUGCAAAGCAAAUGACCUCGUAACAGCACACGACCCUGCACAGCACCACCACCGCUGUCACAGCAGCACACGACCCUGCACAGCACCACCGCUACCACAGCAGCACACGACCCUGCACAGCAGCACCACCACAGCUGCCACAGCAGCACACGACCCUGCACAGCACCACCACCGCUGCCACAGCAGCACACGAACCUGCACAGCACCACCACCGCUGCCGCAGCAGCACACCACCCUGCACAGCACCACCGCUGCCGCAGCAGCACACCACCCUGCACAGCACCACCACAGCUGCCACAGCAGCACACCACCCUGCACAGCACCACCUCUACCACAGCACCACACCACCCUACACAGAACCACCAUAGCUGCCACAGCAGCACACGACUCUGCACAGCACCACCACCGCUACCACAGCAGCACACGACCCUACACAGUAUCACCGUUACCCCAGCAGUACACAACCAUGCACAGCACCACCGCUACCACAGCAGCACACGACCCUACACAGCACCACCACUACCACAGCAGCACACGACCCUGCACAGCACCACCGCUACCACAGCAGCACACGACCCUGCACAGCAGCACCACCACAGCUGCCACAGCAGCACACGACCCUGCACAGCACCACCACCGCUGCCACAGCAGCACACGAACCUGCACAGCACCACCACCGCUGCCGCAGCAGCACACCACCCUGCACAGCACCACCGCUGCCGCAGCAGCACACCACCCUGCACAGCACCACCACAGCUGCCACAGCAGCACACCACCCUGCACAGCACCACCUCUACCACAGCACCACACCACCCUACACAGAACCACCAUAGCUGCCACAGCAGCACACGACUCUGCACAGCACCACCACCGCUACCACAGCAGCACACGACCCUACACAGUAUCACCGUUACCCCAGCAGUACACAACCAUGCACAGCACCACCGCUACCACAGCAGCACACGACCCUACACAGCACCACCACUACCACAGCAGCACACGACCCUGCACAGCACCACCUCUACCACAGCAGCACACGACCCUACACAGCACCAUCUCUACCACAGCAGCACACGACCCUGCACACACCACCACCACCAUCACCGCCACAGCAGCACACGACCCUCCACAUCACCACCACCACCGCCACAGCAGCACACGACCAUGCACUGCACCACCACCACAGCAGGAUAGGCCCAGCAGCUGCACUUCAACCUUCUGGAACUCAAAUAUAAUUUAG